AUGUCUCAAGGAAAUAAAUUGAUAUGUGAAGAAAGUAUGCCUGAGGAAAAUACAGUGAAAUCUGAUGAAAACAAUAAAAAAAGAAAAAUAGACGAUAAGAAUUAUAAACCACAUUUAAGUGGUGAAUAUGAAAUAAGUUCCGAUAGCGUAAUUGAUGGUUUUCAAGUUGUUGGAGAUGCAGUUCAACCAUUUCUUCCAUUAUUUCAAUCUGUUCAAACUAUUCUAGACUCAAUAGUGAAAGCUUACAGAAAUGGAAAAUGUAAUCAGAAAAUUUGUUUAGCUUUAAUUGAUCGUGUAGAAAUUGCUCAGCAAGCAGUCAAAUCUUUACAAAGACAACAAAUGGAAAAUGAAGAACGUUUUAGAAAACAAGAUUAUUAUAAUGCAUGGAUUAGAUUUGUAACCGUUUUAGAAAAUAUAAAUAAAUUUGUGAAAGAAGUUACUCAAUUAUCAAGCUUGCAAAAAUUCUUGACUGCAAACGCAGUUAAAGAUGCAUUUGAUAAAAAUAUUAAAGAAUUUGAAGAAGUAUGUAAAGAUUUAAAUUUUACUUUGGCUGUAUAUGAUAUAAAUAAAAAAGAUAUAGAAAAUAAAAAAAUUAUGGAAGAUAUUAAUGUUUUAAAUAAGAUUAUGAAUUAUGUGAAUGAUAAUCUUAAUGAACAAAAGAAAGAGUUGGCACAAUUGUCAGAAAAGUUUGAACAACUUAUGAAGCGGACAUCCUCUAUCGAUACCACAUUACUCGAAGCUUAUAGAGAGCCUGAAAUAAAUCCGAGGGAACUUUCUUUAGAUCAUUCAGAAAAUGAUUCUGGAAAAAAUAUCCUUAAAAGAUCUUAUCGGGGGCUUAAAGUCGCAUGUAAAAAGAUUCUUGUUGAAAAAAAUGAUGUAAAAUCUCAUGCCGAAUUUGCUAUCUUGCGUAGACUGGGAACUUUCAGAAACAAGAAACGAGAAAAAUUAUUGCUUGAUCCAAGUCCAAUCGCACAAGAACUUUUUAAAAUAAUUAAGCAGGCUUGGAAUCACAAUCCUUCCGAACGUCCGCAAGUCAUGAAUGUACUAUCAACUCUUAAAGAAGCUUAUGAAAAAUUUGUUCCUAAGGGAGCUUCUCCCAUGAUACUUCCUAAACAUAUUAGUGAUAGUAAUAUUCCAUCUUAUAGUCUUUCACCAAACAUGAAUGAAGGACCUCAUAGCGAUGAACGUAACUUUGAAAAACUUCCAGAGGAUUAUAAGAGGCUCUCUUUAGACAAUAUCCCUAAUAACUCAAAAGAAUAUUCUGAAAUAAUUAAAUAUAUUAAAAUGUCUGCUGAUAAUGGAAAUGAAAUCGCCUAUUAUAAUUUGGCAAUUAUAUAUAUGGAAGGAUUAUAUAGUGAACCAAUUAAUAAGGAAAAGGCUAAGCAUUAUGCCAGAUUAGCAGCUUUGAAAAAUUAUUCCAAAGCUAUUGAACUUUUAAAAAAAUUAAACCGUUGA